AAUAAUUUUCAAGAUGGCGACUAUGGAAGAGGGAUUGCACUUAGAAAAAGAUAUCAACAGAGCGAUUGAUCUUUUGGAUGCCCUUCAAAAAAGUGGACAGAUCCCAUCGCAAAAAUUAGCAGCAUUGCAAAGAGUGCUUCAAAGUGAUUUCCUAAAUUCCGUGAGGGAAGUUUACGAACAUGUCUAUCAGACUGUAGACAUCAGUGGAAAUGAAGAAGUCAGAGCUAAUGCAACAGCCAAGGCAACAGUUGCAGCUUUUGCGGCCAGUGAAGGACAUGCCCAUCCUAGAGUGGUAGAGCUUCCCAAAACUGAAGAGGGACUUGGCUUUAAUGUAAUGGGUGGAAAGGAACAAAAUUCUCCCAUCUAUAUUUCUAGAAUUAUCCAGGGUGGGGUUGCUGAUAGACAUGGGGGUUUGAAGCGUGGUGAUCAACUUCUUUCUGUAAAUGGUGUGAGUGUUGAAGGAGAGCAUCAUGAAAAAGCUGUUGAACUUCUUAAACAGGCCAAAGGUACAGUGAGACUAGUGGUUCGCUACAAUCCCAGGGUAUUAGAAGAGAUGGAGGCAAGGUUUGACAAACAAAGAGUGUCGUCCAGAAGGAGGCAAUCACCAUAGCAACCAUCAUAACAAUGUUCAUCAAUUCUCAUAAAAUAGAUCAGAAAACAUGGUUUAGUUAAAAAAAAUGUAUUUUGUACCCAGAUAGGAUCAAAGCCACCAAUGGUUUGAUGGCUUGACAUUGUUCAGUUAGGAAUCAAUGAAAGGUUAGUGAUGUAGACAUGAUUAAUUGGCUGUCGUUUCAUAGAGAAGUUUUUUAUUCUGUAUUCAUUUGUAAAUCAGGAUAUUCAUUUGUUAAUCAAGGUUCUCUUUCCUUUUUUUUUUUAGCAUGUUUUAAAAUUUUGCUGCAAUAAAGGCACUUGUACAUUUUUUUAAAUGGUAGAAAGUUUACAAUUUGCAAAAUAUAUUGUAUAUAAUAUACUAUAUAUACAUGUAUAUUGAAAAAAAUAUUGGUUGUGUUAGAUUAAAGGAAAUAAAAGGUUUUAAUUUUA